AUGACCCAAGACAAUACCACCGCGUCGCCAGAACACGCGGACAGAGACAAUGUCACCGAGGGAUACCUGCAGAAACCAAAAAGCAUUCUCAAGCAACGGGAAAACGUGACGUUGCCCCUCUCCUCGUCUCAGAUAGAAAGACGAGUCUCGUUCUAUAGCCAAGUAGAGCUUCGACAAUUCGAGUUCACGUCCCGCUCGUUGAGCAGCGACGAUGCCGAGGGCCACACCGAUCCGGCGGAAUAUCUUCUGUCUGAAUUCGAUGAGAAUCCGGUCCAAACAGGGAGGGAUACGCAUUCUGAAGAAAUGGAAAACGACGACGAGAGCAUGGAACUUACCGGUCAAUUGAGUAAUGGUGGUCAAAGUAAUGGUGGUCAAAGUAAUGGUGGCCAGAGUAAUGAAAACGCCGAGAGGACUGAGCCAAGGACUGAGCUGGAUUCGAUCCUGGCAAAUAACAAAGAACAACCUCAGGAGCUGCUAGACGAACAAGAACAUUUGCCAAUUAGUCAUUUAAAACCACGCCACGAAACUGCGAAAUCAGAUAGAUCGUCCAUACUACGCAACGAACAUGACGACGCAACGAAUAUCAGCUUCACUCACAGUCCUUCCCAAGAGAGACAUGUAUUAUACCUUCCCACCAUGGCAGAUGCUAGCCCGAAAGCUGGGUCGAACCAUAGCCUGCCUCGGCCAGCUGUAGCCGCCGUCGAUAGUCAUUCGUUGUUCAAACCGAUCGAGGCGCUUCAAGAUUAUGCAGACUCUCUGCGAGACUCGCUCUUUAACGAUACAGGUAACUCGUUUGUAGCUGAAGAGGACGACCAAGAUCUCCCCUCCAUUCAAGUCCCAACCAUGGAAAGAAAUGAACCUAAUGACGAUAAUGAUGAUGAUGAAGAUGAUAUGGAAUUGACAGAGCAUGCAGCAAGGACAGGUGACCAGGUCAAUACUGAGGAAGUCACGAUGGAUCUCACGACUCAGUUCUCGCAAGCCAAACCCGCCAAGAUACUAGAACUGUCACAAAACAAUGAAGUGACGAUGGAGUUGACACAGCCUGUGUCGCUGCUCCUGGAACCUGUUCAGACACCCGCAGACGGCCACGCUUCUUCCGCUACGGCUUCAUCUGCCAAAAUCAUUACACCAGAGCAGAGUCCCACGCAAAAUCAAAGUUCAAUCACAAGUCAGAACAUGUCUCAAGACCUGUCUCAAGAAAUCCACGAGUCAACUAUGGACAUCACAGCUGUGCACGAACCUCAAGAAGCACAUCAACUUUCUAUAGUUGAGGAGGAAGAAGAACCCGAAGAUACUCCGAUGGAGCUUACACAACCAGUAGCUCCUACCACUGCCGCAGUCGCAGACGCAACAAAGACCCCAAAUCCUCGCGAGGCCAAGUACACAACACCUCACAAUGAAACAGACGUCGCGCGAGAGCUCUUCCUUACCGAAAACAAGACUGUGGAAGAAACUUUUGCCGAGAGACUUGAGUCUAAUAGUAUAGUCGACACCCCCGCCUUAAUGGCCUCCCAACAAGAGCUCAACCGCUACCUUGAAGAGGCAACACCCCCAAUACCACGAGCAAACGUGUCUCUCGGCGGUCUUGGCACUCCAGUCCGUGUAUCAUCUCAAUCUUUCAAAGAUUUACCGCCUCAAUCGACUGCCGCAAACGACUCGGCGCUAGAAUCGAUGCAAUCUCGCAAUAGAAGGUUGAGCGAUAGCCAAUAUGAUGCAUCUUACGAGGUUCAUCAAUCAAGACUGUCUGCGAAAAGAGCGCUUGACCCUGCCAUAGAGCUCAAUCAGAGCAAUCCCUCGAAACGUCGAAAUACAAUCGACUCACCAAUAGAGGACACAGAGAAAGAACGAUUCCCCCUGGUCUCUUUGACGGAGUUCUUGGAUGAAACUGAGGUGAAGUUUUUUGAUGAUCUAGAGUUUGCAAACGAGCUACCAAUACCAAUGAGCCGAGGUGAUGUUGACCCUGGAAAGUUUUCACGAGAAGAUUUCUAUAAGGCAAAUAUCCAAAUCCCCUUGCUCGAGGUUUACGAGCUCAGCUGCAAAGAGCUUACGGGAAAAAUUGGACAAGGCAAAAACCUUUACAAGGAGCUACAAGAGACUUCGGCCCAAGAGGUGCCGGAUUUGUUCCGCAAAUACUACAGUUCAUCAUACUACGAACAGAUGGCGAUGAAGUCCAAGUUUCAAAUCAUUAGGGACUAUACCCGUGAACAAGCCAAGGAAGUUUGGUAUGAAUGGCGAACAAAGCUCUUCAAAAAUGUCAUCGAGGUCGUGAAUUCUAAUCUUGAAAUCCUCAAAGACGACAAGAUUGUUUUGGAAGACAGUAUUAAAGAGACAUUGGCUGAAUAUGAGGUGAUCCAAAAUCGUUUAGAAAUGAUUAAGCAAGACAUUACUCGGUUCAAGCAAAUCAAAGAGCAGCACAAAAGUCUCGAUGCUGAAGAGAUUAGAACAAUUAAAACCAAACUCUCAACUCUUGAGUCGAAAUUGCUCGAGCACAAGGAGGAUAUGGCUCUAGAAUCGGGCAAACUAGACGCUGUGAACGAAAUGAUUACAGAACAGAAUCGUAGACUACAAGAAUUGAACCAAAAGCUCGAGGAUGAGCGGGCAGAGUUGUUGAAACAUAAGCACUUUGGAAACGAAGAGCUCGAGAUUAUCCACACAAAGUCUCAGAUCAUUCAAGCUUGCGCUGGACUCAAAUUCAUCGAACGAACCUCGGCAUACACCUAUGAGUUUGAGUUCUAUCCAAAGAUGGGAAUUACGGUGGACAUGAGCAAAACUGAUUCCGCGGACGGCUUGGUGUUCCAUCCAAUUGAAAGCGACACAAAGACACUACACAACGAGAGCCUCGAGAGAUAUUGUCAAGCGCUCGCCGAAACGACCCCAUUUCUGAACAUAUUCGAAACACUAUCUGUAUUUCGGUCCAAAUGGCUUCAAUUGCUUGCAAUUGACGAACAAGUGCAUGCCCUUUCUGCCUAUUAUCCAAUCGAAAUUGGGUCAUUUAGCGAAGAGAUGAUCCAUUUCGUAAUACAGUACUAUUCUUUCGAGACCGGACUUAAAGUCGACUACCAUGUCAGUAUACCACUCUCCAGAAUAUUAAAUUACCAGUCGGCUGUACUGGUGACAGCCAAGGUACUCAAGUCGAAAGGAACCACCACGGAGCGGGAACUCCGCGAUGCCAUUUGCCAGAAAAAGGCCAGCCACAAAAUCCUCGAGAAAAUCAGCACCAUCGAAACGCCGCCGUAA